AUGCCUCACGACGAUGCCCUAGUCAUCACGUUGGAGCUUGCGGGCACCAUCUUCUCAAAGAUUCUCGUCGACACUGGAAGCGCCGUCAACGUCGUUUCACAAAAGACACUACCAUUGAUUAGUCAACUGACCCCUGUAAUUGAUCACGAAACGACUCCCCUCAAUAAUUUUGAAGGAAAUUCGGCCCAAUCACUCGGGAUCGUGCCACUAACCACCAGAACUUACGACGUCAAACUAGAGACUCAGUUCACCGUAGUUGAUCAUUUCAUGCCCUUCGAUGCCAUCGUAAGACGUCCCUGGCUACACCAGAUGAGGGCGGUCCCUUCGGUUUACCACCAAUGCUUGAAGUUUUUAUCACUGACCGGCGAAAAAACCAUACGCGGGAGCCAGAAACAAUCCCGAGCCUGCUAUAUGACCGGAUUCCAGAAGAUGCCCCCGCGAGGAGUGAACGUCUCACUCGUCCAUGAUCUCACGGUAAAAGACCCCGCCUAA